GUUAUUACGGUAAUUUGGAGCGUCGCAAAUCAGCUGUCAGUGUCGCUGUCACUGCUUUUAAGCUAAACUGCGUACUACAUGUCGCUGAACUAAGAAGAAUGGGAUCAUCAUGGACGCGGAAUAGUUUGGCUUUUCUAGAAAAACGUCCUUUCAAAGCUGCCACAUGAUAAACAGUUCCUCGUCUGCGAUGCAGUGGCUAUCCCGACUGUUAGCCACCAAGCUAAUGUAGCAACACAGCGUUUAGAUUGAUAGCUAGUUAGCUCGUUAGCUUAUCGACUGGUGGACAAAGUGUACUGGCAGCAUGGCAGACUCGUCGCCGCUAUCAGGGGUUAAUGUUGUUCUGGUUAUGGCCUAUGGCAGCUUGGUGUUUGUGCUGCUGUUCAUCUUCGUAAAGAGGCAGAUCAUGCGCUUUGCAAUGAGAUCCCGCCGAGGUCCUCACGCACCUAUUGGCCACAAUGCACCUAAGGGUUUGAGGGAGGAGAUCGACUCCAGACUGUCCAAGGUCCAAGAGAUCCGCUUCGAGCCUCGACUCCUGUCAGAGGAAGACGACAGGCUGAAGCAAGGAUCUCAGAUUAGUUGCUACAACUACCUGUACAGAAUGAAAGCUCUGGAUGCCAUCCGUGACUCAGGUAUUCCUCUGCAGGAGAUAAGCCGCAGUCCCAGUGCGUUCACCGGACGCAACUUCAGAAACUGGCUGCUGGAGCUGCGUAACUCCCACUCCCUGAUUAAGAGCAGCCGCAGCGCGCUCAUUGACCGUUUGCUUGAAGGCUAUGACAGCGCUCGCCACGGGACUGGGGUGUUUGGGGAAGCAGAGUUUCUUGAAUACCAGCAAGCUCUCAGUGAACUAGCUGAUGUGGUGAAGGCCUAUUCCAGCACCACCAGCCUAGACCAGCAUCAUCAGUCUGCAGCCAAGGACUUAACAGGCUCUCCUGUGAGGAGCACUCCCUCCACCAUCCAGGUCACCUACCUGCCCUCCACUGGCCAGCGCAGCAAGAGGCCCAAACAUUUUCUGGAGCUCAAAAGUUUCAAAGACAACUACAACACACUGGAGAGCACCCUGUGAGAGACUGCCGCCACUGACUGACAGAAAAUGUUUGUGUGCUGUGUGAGUGUGUGUGCACAAUGCUGCAAAAGAUGUGCAUCAUACUGUGACUUUGUUUUUAAGUUGAGCUUUGAAAUUCAUUCAGAAAACUUGACAACAAGUUCAGAGAGGUCUAUGUCUCUUCUGAGCAUGUCCAUACAUGAUAUUAUAUGACAGUCACAAUACUUUGUGAAUCACACUUGUGCACUAAGGCCUGUUCUUAUUUUGGACCUAAUAAGUGUAUUCAGAGGACAUGUGAUUGUAGCCAACCCGGCAGGGUUUUCAUAACAAACCGAGUUAAGAGCAAAUCAGCUGGAUUUCACCUGUAAAUGAGUGUACAUUUUGAUUUAUUGAGUUGUUUGUACAGAUGUAAGAUAUUUAUAUGGACAAUGAUAAUUUAUUUGUUAUAUUGUUUGGUUCCUGUUUAAAGUAAGGUGGUUUUGUUUUUUGAGAUAAAGCCUUACAACUCAC